AAGGAAGUGCAGUUGAGGACGCACAUAGCGUUACCACUUACGUUGUUGCCAGUUAUAAAUAUCUACGGAUUUAGUGCACAUUCGCAUCGAAAUUGUAUACUUUUCGUCACACAGAUAAUACAAAACUGUAAUUUGGGCUGGACAACAUGGCGCAGUUGGUAUCCAUUAUGGAGGUUUUAGCUAAAGCAGCUGUAGCAGAAAUUAACAAACGUGUUGAUGAUAGCUGUGCAGUUAUACGGUUGGAAAUUACCCAAAGCCAGCGAGAUAUUGAUGUACUGAAAAGGAAGUGUCAAAUGAUGGAGAGCGAGCUGAAGAAGACACGAGGACAAGUCAGGAAAAAAGUUCUUUACCCCAUGGCAUCAGAGGGAUCUUCAUAUCCAGUCAAGAUUGUUUUGAACAAGCAGAAGAGUAAAUCACAGUGGAGAGAUGGAGAGAUGGCUGUUGAAGAGGACUCUCAACCCCAGCCUACAGAUGUAGAGCAGAGAGCAGAGACUGAACCCAUACUGAUCAAAGAUGAAGAGACAGCAGAGGAUGUGUGGAAGACUGACCCUCAGGAAGAGCUCAUGAUCACUGGAGAGGAGUCUGGUUCCAAGCCUGGGCAACCACCAUCCUUUGAGCAACGGCACUUUGAUGAGGACUUCAUCACACAACCCAACAUAUCUCCUGAAGACUCAGUGGAACAUUACCCCAAUUCUGAUGGUCCAAAGGAACCAGGCACACCCCGGCUCACAUCUACAGAGGUGUUUAGCACAGAGCAGCACCAGCCAGCCGAGGAUGAGGACUCGCUAGAGCAAGUGAUGGUGAAGGAUGAGAAAAGGGAGCUGGAUCAGACCACGGCCCUGGAAGGACCUGACCAGUUUGUCAUGGAUGAGACUGAUGGGCAGCUGUGGACCUCUGUGGAUCCAGAUAGAGACACUGACCCUGAUGGCCACCCAGAUUUCUCCUUUCAUGCCAUAGAGGAGUACUCUCAGAAUAUCUCAAUUUUCCCAUCUCAUAGUGGGCUGCCAUCCCUACCUACUAUGAUAGAUGAUGGAGGGUCAUCCCUUCACUCUAUAGGGAAACCACAUGCUAACAUGUUCAGUGCAGCAGCACACAUGAAAAAACAUGUCAGGGCAUUGGCUGAUGAGACUAGACAACAGAUGCCAGAAGGACAGAGCAGCGAGACACUGAACUCAAAUAAUGAUGGAAAUAGUUUAGCUCUACAGCCAAGGCAGCAUCAGCACAGGGCUUCAGAAGCAACCGUGAGAAUGAGUGAGUGCAUGACAGGGUCAAACAUGGCCACCACCUCCACCUUCUCUGGAUACAGCCUGAGUCGCAGUAGUUUUAACAUGGUGAAGAGAAUGAGGACUCAGUGGAGGUCGGGCGGCACCACAGGAGAGAAACCGUACACCUGCGAACAGUGUGGCAGGAGUUUCCCCAAGCAGUACAACCUGAUCAGACAUGCUGUGGUCCACAGCGGGGAGAAGCCCUACAAGUGCUCACAGUGUGGGAAAUGCUUCACCCAGCGCUCCAGUAUGAAGUCACAUCAGAGAACUCACAUAGGAGAGAGUCCGGUGUCUCAAUAUGGAGUACCCCCAUACCCUGGGGAUCCACACGCAAGUUUAAUGUUGUCUCAGACCAGAUGGAACAAAUAAAACAUGGCAUAGCUUGUCUAACACUUUCUGUGAAAAUGGUGUACAGCGUUGUAAACAGAACAGCAGAAGUGUACAGCAGGUGUUUUGAGACAUUUUGACAUGCUUUUCCUCCUAAUUGAUUUGUGAAAUGGUUUUCAUGUUUGACUGUUGACAGCGCCACAGUUUUAUUUGAACAACCUAUUUACAACUUAAUCAGUCAUAAAUGUGAUUUAAUCAAAUGUAGAAAGAAGUAGUCAACCCUGCGCAUUUAGAUAAAGAAAACGUAUAGUAGCCAUUUUAGUAUGUGUUGUCUACUUAAACAAACUCUAUGUUGAACAAUUUCUUGCUACAAGGGACAGUCUCGUAUCAAGUCAGGUUAAUAACUCAACUUUAUUUCUUGAAUUAUAUUUUUUGAAAGUUAUAUUGCAAGGCAAUAAAAUGUUUCAGUUUACAUGUUAAUGUACAGUGCCUUCAGAAAGUAUUCAUACCCCUUGACUUUUUACAGCUUGAAUUUAAAAUGGAUUAAAUUAAUAUUUGUUGUCACUUGCUUUUCACAUAAUACCCCUUAAUGUCAAAGUGGAAUCUUAUAUGUAGAAAUGUAUACAAAUUAAUUAAAAAUGAAAAGCUGAAAUGUCUUGAGUCAGUAAGUAUUCAACCCCUUUGUUAGGGCAAGCCUAAAUAAGUUCAAGAGUAAACAUUUUCUUAACAAGUUGCAUGUACUCACUGUGUGCAAUAAGUGUUUAACAUUAUUUUUAAUGACUAUUUCAUCUCUGUACCCCACAGGUAGUUUUGUGAGAGAUUAAACAUUUUUUAUUUGUUAUUCUAAUUUGUUAAUUUUUGAUUUAACAGGUAGCCUUUGGUAAAUAUGCUAAUGUGUUUCUUCACAUGUCUGCCUAUGAAAGGAAGAACAUUUUUUCCCACCUCUAGUUUAAUGUGAAGAAGUGUAUUGAUGUUGCCUUGCUUCCAUAGCAAAUCUCCUCAGAUUGCGUCUGCUGUAUUGUCAGAAUGUCUCCCUAAGGAUUGUCCCUCUGACUCCCUGACCCUGUAACUUUCAGUGAGAUCGCCAAGAUGAUAAGGUUCGUAUUAGCCAAUUUGGGGAAAAUGGUUUAGACUGUGUAUUCUUAUUCUCUUUGACAUUUGUUUUAGGAAUGUUGUAUUAAGAAAAUUGGGAAGGUUAUAAAUUGUCAUACGGUAGUUUUCUGAAUAAAAAAUUGCUUAACUUUU